CGUCCACGUCAAAGCGAUGGAGAAGGAUAACGAAAAACUUGAUUUGAGUGGAAAUCUCGACGGCCCUGCAGAAUCUCAGCCUCUGGAUCUUAAAGCGAAACUCAUGGCAAUUCAGCUGUCUAAUGUAUCUGCCAGAGAAUGGCUUCAACACCGCCGUGAGACAGUCAAACCCUGGACAGAAUUUUUGAACACCGCGAGGUUUAAAACCCCCAAGUCUGUGGCUCCAGUGGGGAAGAGGGUUGUGCGAAAUGUGGAACAUUUUCAAAGCAAUUAUUUAUUUGUAUUCCUGGGUCUUAUUAUUUUUUGUUUGUUGACAUCCCCACUGUUAAUAGUUGCCUUAGCUGUCUGUUUAGGAGCAUGCUACAUCAUCAAUUUAAAGAAUAAAGAAAGUAAAUUAUCACUUUUAGGCCAUGAGGUCAGCCUGGCUCAGCAGUAUGGAGCUGUUGGCGUGAUAUCAUUCCCUCUGUUCUGGCUGGCUGGAGCAGGAUCUGCAGUCUUCUGGGUUAUUGGUGCUUCAUUUUUCCUCAUAAUGGCUCAUGCGGUAUUCUAUCAGACGACGGAGGAGUUGGAAGGGUUUGCUGAUCUCAACAUGGAAGUUGUAUAG